AACAAAAUUUUGAAUAAUUCGAAUAUUUAAUCAAUUUAUGUUCGGAUUUGGUACUAUAUUUUCGGAUCGGUACCGGUUCUGUUCUUUGGAUUCAUUUUGUAAAACCUUAAUAAUUACAUGAAAAACAAAUAUCAACAUAUUUUUCAAAAUGUACACCCGCGCGCCUGCGCGGAUCAAAAUCUAGUUAUUUUUAUACUCUAUACACAUAAUACCAUCUCAUAUCUCUCAUUUGUUGGCUUACUUGAUUAGCAAAAUUUAUUUCCAAAAAUUGAGUCGUGAAGUUAUACUUUACUCACAAACUUCUCUCUUUUUACGUUAUAGACGUACGCAUAAUCUUUUAUGUCGUUUUAUCUUUAUUCUUAUAAAUCUUAUCAUUUUUGCUUUUUAAAAAUAUACUAUGUUAUUUACGAAAAUAGCUGAAUUCAUUAUUUUUUCAAAAAAAAUCCAAAAUAGAUAAUCUAUAUUCGAAUAGAUAGAAAACAUUGGGAAAAUUUCAUGGUUAAAAGAAAUUUUAGAAACGAUCCACGUUUGAACCGUUGGGUGACAUUCAAUUAUGACAUAAUUUAUGGAUUCUUCUCCUUUCCACAUGGACUACAUUCUGCAUCACCUUAAAUUUUAAAUGUUGCUAAUUAAAUUCUUUGUGACAUGCAGAGAUUCCCAUAUAUUACUUGCCAUUUUUACAUAGAUUCAAUCAAAUAAGUAGACUUUCUAGCUAUUCACUAAUUAAUAUAAGUCGCAUUCGCUUUUAACAAAAGGUUGCGUUGGCUAUUAAUGAACAUGGUUUAGAUGCUGAAAUGCAUCACUAUAUACUAAAGGGUAAUAAUUGUUUUUGGAGGAAAUGAAUAUGUUUGUAUUCAUGAAUUAGAUAAACUUCUGCCGUAUGAUUGACGGCAAAGUCUGUGUCGUGUCACCUACGUAGAUACUAAUCAAAUCUGUGAAUUCAAGUCGUAUAUUAUUCAAUUAUGUCAUAACCAUCUCAUGCAGAAAUAUCAAAGGUCAUAUUUUUUUUUCCUUUGAUAUUUUAAAGGUCACAUAUUAAUUUAUAUUAAAGCUAAAGCUCUUAGUUAGAAAAUAAAUCAGACGAUAAUAAAAUCGAAAAGAUCAUUAAAACAAAGAAGGUAACAUACCUGCAUGAUAUCCUAACAAAACCACAUCACGUGUGUCUACAUAUUGGGGAAACAUAAACCCUUUAAUAACACCUCCAAAUUCAGAAAAAGGUUGAUUAUCUGACUAGUAGCUAAUGAUAUUUAUUAUUAUGCGUGGGCAUAAAUUUAAACAUUUGAGACCUAUUAUAUACUUUUUCAUAUCCAUAAAAAGAUCUGAAAUACAUGUAGUUGAUUUAUAAUUUAAAUUAAAAUAUCCAGAUUUUAUGGAAUAGACACUGUGUUUACAUCUAUUUUAUUAAAAUUAAAGUAUUUCUUUAGGGAAUUUCCAAUUUCAUUCUAUUUUUUACUCUAAAAUAGAGUGAAAUGGAGUAUGGAGUAAUAAAUCACAAAUCUUAGAAAUAAUAUUACACUUUAUGUUUAGUUUACCAAGUAAAAUAAAAAAUUACAAUAUAAGAACAAUACAACCUCAAAACUUAAAAAUGUACACUAAACAACAUAAACAAGAUACACCAAUGUCAGAACCAAUAACAUAUGAAACAAUAACAUGAAUGUUUUUACAAUAAACAAAACAUAUAAUUACAUCGAACAUAAACCCGCGCGGGCGCGCAUAUCAAAAGCUAGUUUAUUUUGUUAAAAUUGAAGUAUUUUCUUAGGGAAUUUCCAACUCCAUUCUAUUUUUUACUUUAAAAUAGAGUGAAAUGGAGUAUGGAAUAAAAAAUGUUCUGAUCUAACUUCAUAUCUCACUCCAUAAUUACUCCAUAAAUAGAAUAAACUAUUUUUUUGUUCAUUGUUCUAUUAUAGAGUGAUAUAUGGAUUUAAAUUAAAGAAAUUUUACUCAAUUUUCUCUUUACUCCAUUUUAAAGAAAAAAAAAUGAAAUUUUUACAUUGGAAAUGAUCUUACUUGUGCAAUUCAAAUUGACAGUCUCACGUUUCCGUUAGGGGGUAGAUAUAUUAGACUGUGAUCUUUCUCCACCUUUAAUCAAAAUUUCCUAAGAAACUUUUGGCAGAAAAAUAAAAAUAAAAAUUUAACAUUUGUACCACAAAAUGCAUCUCCAACCCAUUGCUAUUUUUACUUCUAUAAUAGCAUUUAGAGGUGAAAUUGCUCCAACCCACAUCUAUUUCUUCCUCUAUAAUAGAGAUCUCUAUUUUUUCCUCUAUUUAUAGAUUGCUAUUUUAGGGGAAUACAUUAGAGCAUAUCUCACCUCUAUUAUAGAGUUCCCCUAUUUUAAAGGUGAAAAUAGCAAAAUACAUUGGAGAUGGUCUUAUAACACAACAUGUAAAUCGUCAAAAAUCACAUGCAUCAAUUCAACAUCGUCUUUGACAAGUGUCCUAUACGUUAAUGAUUAUUAUUUUUAGAAGAUCCAAAUUUUCUAUAUAUUCGAACAUCAUCGAAAAUGAAGGAAAUAAAUGAAAGAAGUCACGAAAAAAAGAGAGGUCAAAUUUGACAUAAAAAUUUUAGCCAUUUGUCAUUAAGAUUCGAAUAAAAAAAAAUUGGCAUAAAACUAAGAAAAAAAUGAAAAUCAUUUUUUGUUAUUGUAAAGUUAAAUUUAUUGAUCAAUAUAAGAACAAAUAAUCAAAUAUGGAAAUUGGAAAUUUAGAGAGCCUCACCCUUGUUCCUUACCAGCCGCUUUUGGUUGGAACCAUUUAAAAUGAAGAGUUCCUAGCCUCUUAGCGAGACCACAGAAAAAUACCAUCUUUGUAUUAUUUUAUCGAUUAGUUUAACAAUAUACGUCGUCAGAUAACAAGAUUCAUUAUGUUGACGCUCAUUUCUUCUCUUUCACAUGUGGUAUAUUAUCGACUGAAACACUAUCUAGUAAAAGAGAAAAAAAUAUCUAGUAAAAGUGUAAAACACCUCGUCGGAUUUAUAUUCUUUCGCAUGUAAGACCAUGCACAACGGGAGUACACGACGAAGCCUUAGCACGAAAACUUAGGUAAAACCGAAUAUAAUAAUAUUACUUAGGUUAAUCGACUUAAGGAUUGGUCCGUGGCCAAGGCUUUUAAGAGAUUGAUCCUUAGCAACGUGUCAACUCCUGAGUGGGACGGGGUUGGUUUGAUUUUGGGUUUGGUUAAAAAAAAUGGUCAUUUUCGACGGAGACCGAAAAAAAAAAGGAGAGCUCGAGGAAAGGCGAUAUUUGCCGUUUGAAAUCGAUCGUCUUCACGAAGGUAAAUCGAAGCGUUAACCUGUAUUUUUGAUCUUUUUAGCUUAGUUUUCAUGUAGAUUCGUCUUAUUUUAGUGGUUCAGGGAUGCGUUUGAAUCGAUUUGGGUUUCGAUUGAAAUUAGGGUUUAAAAAAAAUUUGGGGUUUAAUCGAUUUGGGAUUUAUAUCCAGUAUGGGGGUUUGUAUAAAGGGUUUUGACAUGAUUUCGGUUUCAAUCUGAAGCGGAUUUGUAUCUUAUUUCUUAAACGGUUUCGAAAUGAAAUAUGUUUUCAACGGAAGAGGAUUUUAUAUUUUUUCUCGAACCAGGUUUCUCAACCUUUUAGGUUUCAAACUUUGAGAAAAGAAAAUAGGGUGAGAUUAAUGAGAGUGUGUCUGCCAAAAGUGUCGGUUGAAGUUGGAAUUUUAUCUUAAUCAUCGCCGGUCGUCUUUGAUUUUGGUUCCUUUUUAUUCAUCUGCUUUCCAUUGUUGUUGUAUAUGUCGUUGCUCUAACUAUGUUGUUUUAAAUUCCAAAAGUUAUUUUUGUAUUUAACUCUCUUUGUUAAUCAUUUGUCUCAGGUUAACCAAAUGGGACAAGAUUACAGCUAUUCUCAGCCUUCUUCAUCAUCAAACUCUAUAGACAUGAGCUCCCUUCUUGAAGCUGAAGCUAAGAUGUACGCGGAUGAAGCUGAGAGUCCCUUCUGCAACGCAGAGCCGGAUCAGUUCGCACCUCAACCAGAGGCUGAUGAUGGCAUCCCUACGGCUUGCUACUGUGGUGCUCAGCCUGUUGUGAAAUGCUCUUACACACCUAAGGAUCCAUACCGAAGAUACUUCUCGUGCCCCAAUGUCGAUGAUGGGGGCUGCCACAUAUGGAAAUGGUGGGAUGUGGCUUUAACGGAGGAGCUCAGUGAGGUUCAGAGACAUGUCAGACAGCUGAAGGAUCAAGCUUUUGAGUGUGACCAGAAGCUGCUUAAGCUACAGAAGACGGUGUGUGAGGUGAAGAAGAAAUCUGAGAAUACAAAUGUGGUUGCAUUGGGAGUUUGUGUAAUGGUGUCCGCAAUAGUAUUCAUAGGUUUGGCUGCUGUGUACCUGAGUGGUAAGUAUCUCUCUUGUGCUAUUUGCUUGUUUGUUCAUGACAUUUUUUUAAAACUUUUGACUGUUUGAUUUAAUGUUUAUGCAGGAAGAGGGUCCAAGAAGUAAACUAGAUCAACUAGUAAAGCUCAAGAGUGUCUGUUUAAUCAAGGUACGAUUCCUACUCUCUUUUGUAUUGAUUGUCCCUGCGCAUCAACUAGUAAAGUUCAUUGCUUUAAAAUAUUACUGUUAGUAUUGAUUGUCCCUGCGCAUAAAUGCUCUCUUUUGUAUUGAUUGUUUCAUUUCUACCUUCCUACCGCCUCUGAUAUGAUUGUUUUUAAUGUUUUAGUACUUUGCAAAUGGGUGUUAUAGUUUGAAUUGAUUGUUUUAAAUGUUUUACGCCUUCUACCUUACUAACUGCUCGUUUUUAUUGGCCUUAAAUGCAACUAGUUUAGCUCAAUGUUUAAACUCGUCUACUUAAGUCUCUCUGUUGCUAUUAGAGUGACAUAUACCGAUAUUGCAAAUGGAAAAUAAUACACCUUAUAUGAAUCUACUCUUUAGUCAAACUCAGACACCCGUGGACCUUGAUUCACCCGAACCUUUAUGGUUCGGUAGCCAAGGUCCUAGGGAGUCUGUUGUCCCUCCUGUAGUCGAGCCUGUAGUCGAGUCUGGUGGUGAGUCUGGUCUGAGGAGGAAGUGGACUUCGAUGGAGGAUAAGAUCCUUAUUGGUGCUUGGCUUAACACCAGUAAGGAUCCUAUCAUCAGCAAUGAGCAGAAAGCUGGUUCUUUCUGGAGGCGGAUUGUAGAUUACUACAAUGCAAGUCCGCAGCUGGUUGGGACCGUACCGAGAGAGCUAGGUUCCUGCAAGCAGAGGUGGGGGAGGAUCAACACAGAAGUAUCCAAGUUUACAGGAUGCUAUGAUGCGGCUUUGAGGGAGCAGAGAAGUGGCCAAAAUGACGAUGAUGUGAUGAAGGCGGCGUUGGAAAUUUUCUUCAAAACUACCGAGUCCAAGUUCAGCAUGGAUCACUGCUGGAGGGAGCUGAGGCAUGACCAAAAGUGGUGCUCUGUCUACGGGCCGAAGGAGGGUGGAAAGGAAAAGCGUAAACAAGUGAUUGACGUUGAUAGAGAAGAAGAGGAAGCCGGCGAACCAGAAGGUCGACCUCCCGGGGUUAAGGCUGCCAAAGCUGGUAUCAAGAAGAAGAAAAGUGGUAGAGAGGAGGAGCUGGGGAAGCUUCAGGGGGUUUUAGAAGUCAAAGAAAAAUUGUCUAGAGCUAAGAUUCUAGAUCGUUUACUCGCGAAGAAGGAGCCUUUAACUGAGAUGGAAACUAAUCUAAAAAUGAAACUAAUGUCUGAAAUGCUUUGAUGUAUUAAUGUUGGUUAGAGGUAAUGUCUAAAAAUGAAACUAUAAUGCAUUUGAACUUUACUAACCUUUGUCUUAUUUGAUGUGUCAGGUUUAUCUAAGUAGGCAUGUGAAGGAAGUCACGGGUUGAAGUCACGGGUUGGAGUCACGGGUGGAAGUCACGGGUUCUUGUCCCUCACCUAAUGUAUUAUAAGUAGAAUGCAAUGUAGUCUUUAACUUUCUAUCUCGGAGAGGUGUUUUCCUUUAGCCUCUAAAACUUGUUUCAUGUUAUUCAAAACUUGUGUUUCUCGGUAAGGUUGUAAUAUUUCAAGGAAGGCAGGAAUCAUUGUUCAAAACUUGUGUUUCUCGGUAAGGUUGUAAUAUGUAUGAAAUGCUUUGUGUCCUCUUGUUCUUACGUUUAACUCAUUGAUGUUGUGUUGAACUCACUAAAAUUUAAGAGUUUAGCUCAUGAACUUGUUUGAAUUAAGCGACUUGAGUUAAAACAUGGCUUAAUAUUUCAAGGAAGGCAGGACUUCUCUAUUCUCGGUGACAUCAAGACGGAGAAACAUAUCACAAGGUUAGCAAAAGACCAAACAUAUCACAAGGUUAGCAAAAACAUGGCUUAAUGGAAUUUAAGAUGAUUAGAAAUUGGGAUUAUAUGAAAUAAUACCAUAUAUGUUUAAAUUUUAAACAUAUAUAACCAAAAAAAUUUGGUAAUAAGAUGAUUUUAAAAUGAUAAAUUAGAUGAUUAGAAAUUGGGAUGUUAUGAAAUAAUACCAUAUAUGUUUAAAAUUUUAACAUCUAUAACCAAAACAAUUUGGUAAUAAGAUGAUUUCAAAAUGAUAAAUUUGAAAAUGAUAAAUUAGAUUAUUAGAAAUUUGGUUAUAAGAUGAUUUCAAAAUGAUAAAUUUGAUGUUUUUAAUCAGAUAUAAAAACUAAACUUAAUAUUUUUUUUUAAAAGGAGGGAAACCUAAAAUGUCAUCAUCAUCAUCAUCCGAUGAAAUCGAUGAAAGAUUGGACGAGGUUCUCGAUGAAAUCGUCGAGGAUGCAUAUAAUGACAUAGUGGAGGCCCAACCGAAUAUGCAAAACACACGGGGUUAUAUUGAACGAGACCGUGAAGGGGGACACACCCGUUUAGUUAAUGACUACUUCAGAGAGAAUGCGACAUACUCGGCACAAUUCAGACGACGUUUCCGCAUGAAUAAGGGUUUAUUCAUGCGUAUUGUCCUUGCCCUCCAGGAGAACUUUGUAUUCUUUCAACAAAGACAAGAUGCAACCGGGAGGUUAGGUCAUUCUCCGCUACAAAAAUGUACGGCGGCUAUUCGACUGCUUGCUUAUGGUACUGGGGCUGACACGGUAGAUGAAUAUCUCCGACUAGCUGAGACCUCAGCACUUUUGUGUUUACAUAAUUUCACUGACGGAAUUAUACAGUUAUUCGGAGACGAGUAUCUACGAGCACCCACACCGGAUGAUCUUCAACGACUACUCGACAUUGGAGAGAAACGAGGGUUUCCUGGGAUGAUCGGGAGCAUCGACUGUAUGCAUUGGGAGUGGAAAAAUUGCCCGACCGCUUGGAAAGGACAGUACGCCCGUGGAUCAGGAAAACCGACAAUUGUCUUAGAGGCUGUAGCUUCCCAAGAUCUUUGGAUCUGGCACGCGUUUUUUGGACCUCCAGGUACCUUAAACGAUAUUAAUGUCCUCGAUCGAUCUCCUCUUUUUGAUGACAUUUUAGAAGGUCGAGCUCCGCGGGUAAAGUACAUGGUCAACGGACACAUGUAUAAGUUGGCGUACUAUCUCACAGACGGUAUAUAUCCAAAAUGGUCAACCUUUAUCCAAUCCAUCUCACUCCCUCAAUCACCAAAACAAGAGUUAUUUGCUAAACAUCAAGAAGCAACCCGAAAAGAUGUGGAGCGGGCUUUUGGAGUAUUACAAGCGCGAUUUGCGAUUGUGAGAAACCCGGCUCUUACGUUGGACAAAGCAAAGAUAGGGAAGAUUAUGAGAGCGUGUAUCAUACUACACAACAUGAUAGUCGAAGAUGAACGGGAUGGAUACAUUCGUUAUGAUAUAUCUGAAUUUGAAGAAGGUGACGUCAUGAGAAGUUCACAGGUGGAAACCGAGAUUCCUACAAUUCUCAAUAAUAUUUUUCCCAGUCGGAAUGAUGUUCGAGAUAGGAGAAUACAUGACCAUC